AUGUCUGUCGUAGAAAUAAACGCUUCACAUUGUCGUCAAAAAGUGGAAAACCCUGGCAAGAAUGAAUCGAGGAAUCCACCCAAAGCUUCUUCAACAGCUUCGCCUGUUCUUCUUCCAAGACCUAAAAAAAAGUCGCGACGGUCAUUACUUUGGUGGUUCAAAGUGAUCAAGGCGGUUUGUCGUCUGGCCCUGGAUAUGAAGAUUCUUUCCAUGUCAAGGACGGACAAUGAUGCAUCAUCGGAAGCCUACUAUCAAUAUGUCGUUGGGCCAAAUACAGACGUUACAUUAUUCUUUGAUAAGCGUCUUUUUUCCAGAAAACGAGGAUCGCAGGUGCCUCCCUGGGCUCAAGCUGUUGCCAUAAAGAAACCUCAUACCCGAACAGAUAAAGAACUGCACAUGCUAAAUGAACUGAUGAUGACAGUUCGUUCAUAUCGUGAAAAGUUUGAAUUUCCUAUGAGGAAACUUGUUUGUCGAGUUUUCAGAUACACCAAUUGUGAGAGAGGACGUAUUGUUCUACGCCAGAGCCACAUUGGUCUUGGAUUCUUCCUCGUGUAUUCAGGAUCUCUCUAUGUACAGAAAGAGACUAGUAGGAAAUCAGGACGGAAACAGACAGACCUGGAGAAUAUUAUACGCAGUGGACAACACUUUGGCGAAGUGGCCUUACUGGGAGAUGGCCAUAGGACAGCCACGGUCAUUUGUCGAGAGCCAUCAGAAUUAUUCUACAUUGAAAGAGAAGACUUUACUUCUAUUUGUCCCCACAUAUUUGACAAUGAAUUAACUGACAAAUUUGCAUUUGCUCAGAAGUUUUCGUUUUUCCACAACUGGGAAGAAAAGCUAUUACAGAAAUUAUGUCUGCUGUCACAGGUUCUGUACAUAUCCCAUGGCCAAAUUUUAGAAGAAGACUGGCUGAAGACACAAUAUCUAUAUUUUCUUAUGCAGGGACGUAUCUCCUUACUAAAAAAAUUCCAAAUAUCUGCCAUCACCAAAAUUGGGAACAAUUCUGCCCAACACCAAGAGGUUCUUAAAUCUGGCAUGCGGAGCAGCCAAAGCACCCAACAAACCUGCAUUGCUGUAGUUGGCCAUCUUCAUGCAGGCGACCAUAGUGAACUUGCUGUCCUUAAUAGCGAAGAAAAUGUGUCUGGUGUCAGUAUGCUAAGUGAUGGUGUACGAGUCCUACGUAUAUCCAAAAACAACACUCUUUCUCUUGGAUCCCCAUCUGACAUACAAAAAUUCUUUCAGAAAUACACUCCACGCCAAAUUCCAUCAGAGGAAGAAUUAUGCAAAAAUUAUCAUGACAGCUCCAAAUGGAACAAAUUCAAGAAGCAAGUUCUCUACACUCAGCUCUUGGAGAAAAAUGGUGCUGCUCUUGCCUUUGUUCCAGCAACAUCUAAAGGCAGUGCUACUCGUGAACAGAAUACACCAUCUCCAUUUGCCAAAUAUCCAGAGUUUGUUGGUCUCAAACCUUGA